GUGGUGUGGGCUGGGCGGGACGGAGCGGGUCUAUGAGGUGCAGCGGCGAGGAGGAGCAGGAGGAGGGAAAGAGAGGAGCGGGCGCAGAGGUGCUGCCUCAUAUAUGCGGCUGGCCUGGGGGGCGGCGAGCGCGAGUGUCGGGCGAAGCACCCGCCGCGAGGCGCUACACUCGCCGCCAGCGGGCGCCCAGCGAUGGGCACAUCGCCGAUGCAGGCCUGCCGUCUGCUCUGCUCUUCCGAACUGCUCUUCUCUGCGUCUGCUGGCAAUGCUGGAGGCGGGCCGCGCUCGGGCGAGGUGCGAGCAUGCGUCCAGGGGGCGGAAGCGUGGUCCUGCAUCGCGGCGCUCGGCGCAGCAGCGCACAGCAACAGAGCAGAACAGAGCGAGGUGCAGAGGCAGAGAAGAGCUGCCUCGUGCGCCCUCUCGCUGCGUGCACCUCUGCAAACGGCGCCAGGCGCAAAGCGAUCAAAGUGCCGCAAAGUGCUCCGAGCUUCAGCGCUUGUCAUCUCGGCACGCCCCAGGGCGUCAGCAGGACGCGCUCGCUGUCGGCCUGCCUCUCGCGUCUGCGCCCUGAGACGCCGCAGCCGCUCUAUCUCGCGCCGCCGCAUGCGAUGGCGAGCGCACGCCCUCUCCUGCUGCGGUUGCCUGAGAGGCAGCGCACGCGGCACGCAGAGGGAGGGCGCACCAUCUCCUCUUUCAGGGGCUUGUGGCGGCUCGUAUGCUCCUGUCUCUGCUCUGCGUGCCUACCACCUCGUCCCUGCGCAGCGAGCUGCGAGACCGUCGGCAUCGAGGCGUUGCUGCGCCCCAACGCAGCGCUGGUUCGUCCCCACGCUCUUGCAGUCCGCGCUACCCGCGGUGCCGAGCCCGAAGGACACUCUUCUGCGCUGGCAGCGCAGUCCAGGCCGCGUCGCAGCGUGCCUGCAGGAGUCGUCAUGCGUGCUGAGGCAGAGUGGUGCCAGGGGGCAUUGAGCGCCCUAUUUCCGUGCGUAGGCAGCGCCACGUGCUGCUUGAAGAGGGAGGCCAGGAGGCAGGCCUCACUUGUCGGCUGGGAGAGGCUGCGGCUCGGUCCGAGCGAGACCACUUUGCUCAUACAGAGCAAGGCGGAUACUCCGAUGCAGAUACGUCACGGCUCCGCGCUGCCUCGUGCUGCGAGAGCAGCGCAUGGGCGCCGCCGA